GCUCUAUUGUAGUUAUGUUUGAUAAAUCAUUCGAUUAACAGUACGUUCAUUAACAUACGCAUUUGCCAGUAAGUUGCAGGCAUUCGCAAAUUAACCAACGUCUGAAAUGAGCAUUAAAAGUUGGCAAACGUUAGCAAACAAUGUCGGGGUUAGGAGGAGCUUGGUUACCGCUUGGUAACCCGUAACUAAGGCAACCACGAGUGACGUGACUCGCGGUAGAACAACCGUUAAGAGAGCACCCAAAACAAGGCUCGGACAGUUUGCCUGUUAAGCGAAGUUUAUUGUGUACAGUGGUGAACAUGGAGAGACAUAACUUGGGAAGAGAAAGGCUCAUAGUACCCACGGACUUUACCUCACCGGCGACUUCAGGGACUGUCCAGAACGACCUGGUACCCCCAUCGCACUUUGCAUCGAGUGUCCCAUUUGCUGGACCGCAUAGAGCUGUUCAAAACCCCGGGGCAACACCAACUAUCUCUUGGGUAAGUCCAGUCGUAGCAUCAGUGCCUUCAGGGGAUCCCAGUCCUACCAGUCCAUGGCUUGCCAUCAGUCAGGCCCAGCAGGAAAUCUUGGAGCUGAGAAAGGAAAAUCAGAGGCUCAUGAUGUUACAAGGGGACAGCAUAAGAGGAAGGAUCCCUGUGGAUGAUCUAUCAGGCCCUAGGACAAGAUGUGUAGAGAGAAGUGAGCAGUGGUCCAGAUGGGAGUCAGAGUGGCGUCAAGAGGCAGAGAAACAUAAGGCAGAAGCUGAGAGGUUGAAGAGGCAGGUGGAAGCCCUGAAGGACACUGCAGGUAGCCACAGGGAAGAGAUGAGAGACAGAGACUGCACUGUGAACAGACAGAGCCAUGAGUUGGAAACAAUGCAUGAGGAGCUAUGCAAGGCUAAAACUGAACUCCGCCAGAUCAGAGAAGAGCUCAUUCACAGCAGUGCUCAGAAGGAGAAAAUAAGCUCACAGCUUGAAAGACUAAAGGCAGAGUCUUCUGAGACAGUUACAAAGCUGAGGAGAGAUCUAGAGAGGAGCGAAGAGGAGGCCCGGGACCUCGCUCUGAAAGCUGAAAUGGGCAGGUUACACUCUGAGGAGGAGGCCAAAAAGCAGACUAUUCGACUGUCAGAACAGCUGGAAGAAAUGCACAAGAAGCAGGAGGUUGAGCUGCAACAGCUGAACGCUUCCCACAGUGCAGAGUUGACUGCAGCAAGGAAAACAAACAGUGAACUACAGGACAGACUUCAAUCAAUGACCUCAGAAGUGCUACAGCUAAAAAGCACUCUGGUGGAGGUAUCCACUGAGAGAGAUGGGCUGAGAGAACAUUUAAGCCAAAUGGGACAGGCUUUUGAGACACAAUCGGCAACGCUGCACAGCCUCAGAAAUUACAUCGGCCAGCUCGCCCCAGAGAAAGGAGAGAAGGAGCGAUUAAAUGACACUGUUGAGAGGCUGAACAAAGAGAAAGCAGCUCUUCAGAUGACAACAGAGCUUUUGACUGUCAGGCUCAACUCUGUGAAUGAGAUACUCGCCCUGCAAGAAGAGAAAAUGGUGAAGAAGAUCUCAACAGACCCACUUGUGAAGAAUGGAUGUGAGGGACUUAAAGUGCUUCAGCUCUGGAGAGAGAAAGUGUUCAAGUUAUGCGUCCAGCUUCGCUCGAAGGACAUCGAACUAAGAGGAGAGAAGGAUCACCUUCUUUCAAGAGUCAGAUCCAUGGAGCAGCAACUCCAGCAGGAGCAGCACCGUGCUAGUUUGCUCCAACACAGUCUAGAUGACAGGAUAGCUGAGCUGGACUUGGAGAGAGUGGAAAAGGAGACAUUAAAACAGGACUUGGUUCAGGUUCACAAGGAAAACUCCCAACUGAAGUCACAGAAUCAGAAAGCAGAGACUGAACUCAAAACUAUCACAGAAGCUGUGCACAGGUUCAGUCUGGCAUUUGAAAGCAAGGUGGCACAAGUGGAUGCAGCUCAAACAAAGCUUGUCACUUUAACCCAGAGGCUAACUUUCGCUAAAAGACGAGUGGAGACAAUUCAAGGUUUGAUCAUGAGGAGGGCUGCUCUGCAGAAAGUUCAGUGGGCCAGUAAACAGACAGAACAAGCUGCAGACAGCAUCACAAACCUCAAGACGGAGCUUAGUUUGGUGUGUGAAGAGAGAGACAAGCUGACACAGGAGCUCAAAAGAACCCCAGAGCUCAUCGAAAAAACUCUGGCUGAUCUGAAAGAAAAAUAUGAGAGCAACCUGAGGCAGCAGCAGCAGGAGCUGGAGCAAAGCUGGAUGGAGGUCCGACAGGCUGUGGCUGGCAGAGAGGAGGCCGAGCAGAGCCUGCAGCAGAUCCAGGCCCAGCUGGAGGAAAGCAAAUACAACCUGGAGAAACUCUGCUCUGAGCUGCUCAGCCAGCAGGAGCACAGUGAACGAGCCCUGCAGGAGAGAGUGUCUGAGAUCAAGGACCGCUGUGCCGAGGAGCUGAGAGAGAUGGAGGUUCAAGUCAAUACAGCCAAGAGAGAGCACACUAAAGCAGUUAUGACUUUGAGGCAGUUUGAGAGGGAGGCAGCAAGGAAGCAGGAAGAGAUGAGAAAAGGUCGACACACGAAGAGGGAAGUCAAGAAGACUCACCUGAAGGAGACUGAGAAAGACAAAAACCUACUGCUGGCCAGUGUUGCUGAGAGAGGUCUGACGAGCGAGUACACAAGAGCUCACACAGCUGCUCUGCAAAACUUUGCUGCUCCCAGAGAAACACCUUCAGAGAGGAGCUGCCCUGUGGGAACAAAAGUCCAACUCCCUGCAGAUGAGAAACUCCUGUCUGUUUUGGAGGAGCUUCAUUCUCUCAGCGCUGCGGUGGUAAACAGCUCCGAGGACUCUGCGGAGGAGGAGGGACAGAGUGACAGCGUGGGACCAUCCACACAGGCAGUCCACACAGCUGAUACCUGAGGAUGACUCACUAGAGCCGGUGAACACACCUUUAAUUCGUACAGAAGGUGGGCAGUGUUGGUGCUUUAAGAUACAGUCUGGAAAGAAUUUGCCAGGAAACCUUGCAUCCCACAUUGUUACUGGUUGUAUAAGAAGAAUCAAUCACACUCACAGACGCAGUAUAGUUGAGUUCUAAUUAUUUCAAUCUGUCUUCUUCACCGUAAAUGUAGAUGGUUCGGACAUUUUCUUUGCAGCCUGUUUAAAACAUUUUUGCUCCGAAUAAUGAGACAUUUGAAACAAACUGAAGUUAAUGUAAUAAAAAAUAGUAUUGUUCCUGUAGGUAAUUCAUUUAACAUAUAUCAGAUGUAUGUAUGUUUGGCCACUCAGAGGUUGCUUCUUGGGCAGAUUGUGGCCACCAAUCAAAGAGGCAUGGUUUUUAUUCUCCUGAUUGGGUUAAAUCACCUCACCAGUAAGAAUGUGAUCCACACUUUCAUUUCUUUUACUUAUUUAAAUGAUAUUUCCCUUUACAUAUUGGUCCCAAUUAAAGUUUAUGGUGACAAUCUUACUUUGGCCAAAAUGUGGAAAAUUGAAUUCACGUUUAUAAAAAAUAACUGAACAAAUGGUGAUGAAUUCAUAAUCAUGUUACUAGAGUUGUCAGUUUCAGUGAACUUUUAUCGAAUGGGAGAAACCUGUCAGGUAUAAAUAUAACUGGCAUAUCCUGCUGUGGAAGUCCAUUCUGUUGACUUCCAUCUUACAUGUUUAUGUGAUGGUGCUUGUAUGGAUGAGUGUGUUCAUUGUAUAAUGUGUAACCUAAUAAAGUAUUUUUUUUUAUCACA